AUGGCGCGGGACGCCCGCCGCAUCGUAGAUGCGAAGCGAAAGGCCGACCUCGCAAACACGAUCCAGCUCAAAAUCUUCUGCGACAUCAGUCACAACAUGCUACACGUCUCCAAGUACGCUACGCUCGCCGACGUGACGGCUGAGGCCGUCGCGCGUUUUGAGCUGUGUGUCUCAAUGGACUGUGCCCGACUACGGGCCUACUCCGAUUCCAUGGCAUUGCCGCGUGAGACGUACGACGGACGCGAACACUGCUCGCUGGUCGAGCUGUCGAUCGACUCGGUAUGCAGCUUGUAUCUCGAGGUCCGACCGACCACUGACCAAGCGUGGACGGCAUAUGACCCUACGGCGUUGACACUGCUCGUGCGUCGAUAUGUCCCGUCAACGGAUGCGAUGCCCGAGCAUUUUACAGAGCCGCCCGAGCUUGUGCAGCUCCCGGGUAACGCGCGACUCGACGACUUGCUCUCGCUGCUCAGCGCCAAGCUCAGAAUGGAUCGCAACCAAAUGCGGCUGCUCGAGAUGCGCACGUCGGGCUACUGGUCCAUUUCGACGACAGUUCUCAACCCGACCAACGACGCGACGACGCUGCAGCAGACACUUUGCGGCAAUUUGAUGCUUCGUGAUGGCCACAGCAUCUACGUCGAAGCCGUCGACGAUCUGGCGUCAUCGCCGUCGCUGGCCAAAACGCUUUUUGAGGCCCGCGCCCAUUCGAUCACCCUUCAAGUCAAGACGAAGGAGCCAACGCUCCUGCGCGCCAAAACCGUCGAAGGUGACGCGAUGGGCUGGUUGUUCACCGUCGACCGCCGACAACCGCUUCGGGUGCUCAAGGAUCAACUGUGCACGUUUUUCGAGCUGCGACCCGAGACCUUCAAGCUGCGUCGCUCAAAAGAGACGGGGGGCGAGCUGAAGCACCUUGCUGUGUCGUUCAAAUACUUGGCCCUCUUGAACCAAUCGACGGUGUGGAUCGAGCUCGGGGCUCCGCUGCGUGCUGGUGAGUUUAGAGUCAACGUCCAUCUCCACACGUCCAGACAUAUUGAGACGACGACCGUGCUGCUACCAUUGCACCACGUCGACGAGCUUGCAUUCUGCGCUACACUUGUCGUCUCCGCUACAACACUUGUGAGCGAGGUGAAGGCCAGCAUCCUCGCCGUUCUUCAGCGCACACACCAUUGCGCCAAGCACCUUCGGCUCCGCGACGUUUCUUCGCGCCGCAUCCAGCGCGUCUUGUCCGACGAUGGCACGCUUGGUGACGCCUCACCGAUGUCACUGUACGAGAACCGGUCGUUUGCCGUCCAGAUGCUAGAGUCGCCCGAGAGGCUUGGCGCCGCCCACACGCCUCUCUCGAUCAUUCUCUUUGACCGAGCGCAUCUUACAUUUGGCCGCGAGAUGGAGCUUGUGUUUCCGCCGCUGUCGCCUGGCGCGCAUUGGAUGGACCUGCUUUUGCUCGAGAUUCAAAGAGUCUUUGGGAUCCCACCCGACGCAAUGCUUCUCGCCAAGCCGCUGCAGAUGACAGCAUCAGACGUGACCGAGAUGGCGCAGCUUUCGUGGAUCGACCGCGACCACGGUCGUCGCAUCGACCGUAUCUCGUCGCUGGUGUCUUGUGGCGAUCGACUCGUCAUUGCGGAUGCCCGUGUGCCAAACAAUGAGCUCUCAAGAAACGAGCUGCUUGAUCUCCAAAGACGCAUUGACCUUGUGCUCGACACCAGCAACAACUGCGUGGUGGACGUCGGGUGGUCAACCAACACCGUCGAGAUGGCGUCGAUCGAGUCGACUCAGCGUACGCCCGAAAGGACGACAGCGCUCAAACUUCGUAGCUCGAAAUGUUAAUGUCGUAAUGCACAAAGGAUGGUUGGGUUCGCGCCCAUUCCAUCG